GCGGUUAGUCUUGUUUUGACGGUGGCGAAGAAAGUUAAAACUCCGUGAAUAUCCGUUGAAAUCGGUUUUUAUGAAAAAAACGUGUUAAUUAAUUGUGUAAUUAAUAAUAGUUAAUGUGGAAAUUUAUUUACAUACCGCAACGAUUGAGUGAUAUUUUUGUAUUAAAUUAAUCCAAAUACCACUCUUAAAAAAUACAGUGCUAUAAAAAAAUUUUUACACCUUACGUGUUUGCAAAUAGUGUGGUCAUGAAAGAUUCAAUGACAUUUAUAACUUCACCUUCAACCACUAGUGAACAAAAGCAAAAAAUGUCGAAUCUGAAACCGAAUCGGUCACGUUUUAUGAUCAACGAUAUUCUAGCUGGAAGUGCCGCCGCCGCCGCAGCAGUAGAGGCAGCCAACGCAGCUGGCGUGGCAGCGGCCGCUGUAUUUUACAAGCAUCAACAUCAUCAACAGCAACAGCAAAAUAUAAAUAAUAACAAUCACAGUGGGAACAGCAGCUCCCAAACUCCGUUUAUUCAAUGCUCACAACCACCAUUUGAUUCCUCAACAUCUCUACAACAGUCUGAUCCACCGCCAAUCCCAUUAACCCUGCACCAUCACUCUACUCAUCUUCAACCGUCGCAAAUGCAUCAUUCUAGGGGUCCACCACACACGCUAAUUCCUCAACAUACUCAAACACCCGUUAGCGCAGUUGCAGCUGUUGCACAAAAAAUUCAUUUUCCCGUCGGUGCAACACAAAUCGGUUCAAAUGGUAUAAAUGUAGUGCAAUAUGCGGCUGCAAUGCAGCAACACUAUGCGAAUGCAACUUCAGUCGUUCGCGACUUUGAUAACAAUAGUGAUUACCAGGACAACGAAGAUUGUGACAGUGAAGUUGGGAGCGGUGGCCACUUGGACGAUAACAGUGUUUGUAGUAAUGGUGCUAAAGAUGAAGACGGAAAUAGCAUUAAAAGUGGUUCCACCAAUGACACGCACGGCUUAAGUAAAAAACAACGUAAAGCGCGCACCGCCUUUACAGAUCAUCAAUUGCAAACUCUCGAAAAAUCGUUUGAAAGACAAAAGUAUUUAAGCGUUCAAGAAAGACAAGAGCUUGCCCAUAAGCUUGACCUAAGCGAUUGCCAAGUUAAAACCUGGUACCAAAAUCGUCGAACCAAAUGGAAACGGCAAACUGCAGUUGGAUUGGAGUUAUUAGCGGAGGCAGGGAACUUUGCAGCAUUUCAACGACUUUAUGGUGGAACACCCUAUUUGGGAGCAUGGCCUUACCCUGGCUCACAGUCACCUCAUGCUGGCCCGGCUCCUUCGAGCAUUGAUUUAUAUUAUCGCCAAGCAGCGGCAGCUGCCGCAAUGCAAAAGCCGCUUCCUUAUAAUUUGUACGCAGGAGUUCAUAAUGUAGGACCGCUUGCAAGCUUGCCAGUUUCUGCCACUUCACCUUUCUCCCACCUAUCAGCUUCCAAUUCGCUUACUUCUCUAAGUAGCUACUACCAAAGCGCCUCUGUGGCAGCAGUUGCCGCGGCAGCUGGUACAACAUCUAACACUAAUUCAAUUGCUGUUGUCAAGCCGCUCUCUUCACCUACAUUACCAGCUAUAGCACCAACAGUAGCACCGGCAACUCAAAUAAAUGCAACAACAGAUCAGCGGUACUCACCAUGCUCACCUACUCAACAAUCGCCUACAAGGCACAUUGUACUAUCGCGUUCUCCCAGUCCAACUCUUAAUCCAGGAAGCCCUCCAGGCAGAUCACGCGAAAGCUCGCAGCUCCAGUCUGAUGAUGAUGAUCAAAUUCAGGUUUGAGUUUGAAGUCAGCAUCAAAAAGACAUUGGCCAAACGUACGUGCGCACUCAAAAUAUGACGUACGUAUGUACGUAAUAUUUUUUGUAAAGUAUGCAUAUGUAUUACCAUUAGGUUAUUAUAAUUAGUUUAGGUUGAUCUCUACAAUUAAAGAUUGUAUGUCAUGAUACCUAUGUAUCUGCUUAUAUCAUUAUAUAUAUGUACAUAGCUGCUUAUAAUAGUUGUGAUUGGGGGUCGGUUCUUAUGUGCCGAAAUAUAGUACUUUUAAUAAAACUUUUACAGAUCAUUCUUAGCGCUUAAUUUAUGGGAACUGUGAGAACUGUAACAAAGGUUAUGUAUUAUAUACGUAUUAAGCAAAUAUCCAUUGUUUAUUUUAUAUUCAUAGUGCGAUCAAUAUAUUAUUUAAGUCUUACAUAUAUAAGAUAUACAUAUGUAAAUUUCUAAAGUUGAUAAAAUAUAUGUAUGCGAUUCGAUUAA